AUGCGGUCACGGUACUCUAUAAUAGAUGAAUGGAAUAAAAGUGAAAUAAAGUUGUUGUUGUUGGAUGAAACAGCUGUGCGCCACUAUUUUGAAGAAGAAGAAGCCAACUUUCUUUGCUGGACAAAGGCCAUCUUUUGCUUGGACGACGACGAGGAAGAAGGAAGGCCACAGAGAGGGAGGUUGAAGAAGCCCUGGCCCGAUCCGUGGCCAAUUGCCUCGUGCUAUGCGCCACUGCGGAGAAAGACGAAGAAGAAGAAGAAGCCCUGGCCGAUCUCCCUUGGGGCUAAUGGCCAUUCUCCGUGGGACGAAGAAGAAGAAGAAGAAGAAGAAGCGAUGUCACGCUCGGAAGGGCCCACACUGCAAAGACGUGCUUCUAUAGCUCUUUUUGGAAAUGAAGAAACGGAACAUGAAUCUGCGCCUCAUGGCUCAGCUGGCAAACGACGAACUAUCACCUUUGACGAAGUGAAAGCGGGAACUCGGUUGCCGGAACCCCUCAUGUCACCCCUUUCUCCUGCCUGGCUUGUCAUGGUGGUGGCGUCUCUGUUCAUUAUUAUUUGCGUCGUGCUUUCCCUCUCCUACUGGUACAAAAAAAGCUCCAGUGAUUUGCAGAAGACCUCAACUUACAUCCAUAAAGUGACGUUUCCACAGAUUCCCCUCGAAAGCGCCGCCACGGCUACGGAUGCAAAUUCUAGCACCCGAACACCAGCUUUCCAAACCUUCUUGCAUCAACUGGCAGAAGAGACUUCAGAGCCCAUAAGAAGAGACAACCGAUGACAUUUCAAUUUCAUUUUACGUUCACCACAUCCAUGUCCACAAAAAUACCUACGAUUGCAGAAUGAACACUGUGACACCAUCAGUGACUGCUGCAAAGAAUCCACUUCUCAAGCUACGACUUCUUCUAAGACAUAUCCUCUUGUAGUUAAUAAUAAAUAUAUAUAGUAGUAUCUA